AUAAAAUAAAAGUAUUUAAAACCCAUGAUGGCAAUGUGUUCCAAGAAGGCCUAUCUGAAAAGAAGGAAUGGCGAUAAUAAAUGUAAAUUUAAAGUUCUAAUUAUUAGAUGAUGUUGAUACAAAUAUCUUCCAAGUUAAGUUUGAUUGUUUAAAAGAAAAUAUAGUUAAAAUACAUUAGGGGGAUCCUAUUAUGUGUUAACAAUGUGAGACAGUUUUAAACAAAUACUCAAAAAUAGAAGAUGAUGUUUAAAAUCAAUAAUUUGGAAAACAAGUUUGGAUAUGUGAAUUUUGCAAUACUAAAAAUUAGAUUCAAAUAGAGAAGGAAGAGAUACCAAAAAAUGAGGAUACAAUUUAUUUAAUUUAAUCUGCUUAGGAAAUGCAAAUAUAAAUAGAAAAUGGUGAUAAUUCAGUAGUAUUUUGUAUUGAUACAAGUGGUUCUAUGUCAAGUACAGUAGAGAUAAAGGGAAAGGUAAAUUUUAAACACGGAAUAUCAGCAGAGGAAUAUGAAAUGCUUAAAUAAUUUAUUGAACCAGGAGAUGAACAUUAAAUAUGGCCAUAAUUUAAUACUAAACAUGUUACUCAUGUAUCUAGAAAAUAAUGUGUAAUGGCAGCAAUAGAAUAAUAAAUAGGAGAAUUAAAGAAAAAGAAUCCAAAUAAGAUAGUAGGAUUAGUUACUUUUAAUAAUGAAGUAGUAGUUUAUGGAGAUGGUUCAGAAGUACCAAUAACAAUAGCUGGUGAUAGACUAUUUAAAUAAGAUGAGAUAGAGAAUCUAUUAAAUGGUACAGCAAAAUAAUUGAUGAAACAUCCAAUUAAGGAGUAGGCUGAAACAUUAAUGAAAAAAUUUGAGAAAUUACAAGAGAAAGGAUAGACUGCAUUAGGUCCAGCAUUGAUAUCAGCAUUAUAAUUAGCAAAAGUUGGUAAACCUGGUUCUAUGAUAAUAAUAUGUACAGAUGGAUUAGCAAAUUUAGGAUUAGGAUCUUUAGACAAUGAUGCAAAUAAAUAAUUUUAUGAAGAUUUAGGUGUUUUUGCUUCAUAAUGUGGUGUUGUAAUAUCAGUAGUAACAAUAAAAGGAGAAGGAUGUAAAGUUGAUAUUUUAGGUUCUUUAUCUGAAAAAACAAAUGGUACUGUUACUAGAGUUAAACCUGAAGAUAUUGAAAAAGAUUUUGCUAAUAUUUUAAAAGAUGAAUUAGUCGGUACUUAAGUUUAAUUAUUUGUUAAUUUACAUCAUGCUUUAAAAUUCAGAGGAGAAGAUGAUCCAAAUAUUGGAAAUAAACUUAAAAGAGAAAUAGGUAAUGCUACUAUUGCUACUACAUAAACUUUUGAAUAUUAAGUUAAAAAUGAUUAAGAAUUAUAAAAAGAAUAAAUUGAUAUUAAAGAUUUAAAAACUGUUCCAUUUUAAAUUAAAGUUUAAUAUACUAAUUUACAUGGAGAUAGACUAAUGAGAGUUGUAACUUAAUAGGUAUCUACUACAGAAAAUGUUUAAGAAGCUGAAGAAGAAGCUGAAGUUGAAGUUAUUCAUAAAAGAAUGGCCUAAAAAACUGCAUAAAUAGCUAAAAAAGGUAAUUAUUAAGAAGCAUAAACAUAUAAUACUUAAUGGGAUGGCUAUGUUUAAAGAAAUGCUAACAUUAAUAACAAUCAAUUAAAUUAACAAAAAAAUUAUAAUUUUCAAUAACAUAAUUUAAAAUUAUAAACAGCUGUAUAAAGAUAAGAAAUUAGAAAAGAUAGAUUAUCAUAACCUCUUACAAAUCCAUAAUAUUAACCAUAAUCAAAUUUUCCUAAUUUUCUAAAAACAGAUAUUAAUUUAUAAUAACCACCACCACCACCAAUAUUCCAACAAUAAUAUUGCCAAAUGCCGUUAUUUAAUCAUAGUUUUGGAGCAAAAUUACCACAACAAGAAUAACACUAACAAUAAUUGAUAAAAGAAUUAAAAUAAUAAGAAGAAAAAUAAGUUUAAAUAUAAGAAUUAAAAUAAUAAGAAGAAAAAUAAGUUUAAAUAUAAGAAUUAAAAUAAUAAGAAGAAAAAUAAGUUUAAUUAUAAGAAUUAAAAUAAGAAGAAAAAUAAAUUUAAAUAUAAGAAUUAAAAUAAGAAAAAAAUUAAAGCUUUUCAGAUGAUGAAGAUGAAGAAAUGGCAGAUCUAUUUUAAUUUGAAUAAGGAAAAUAUUGA